AUGCAAAAAGCAACACCUGCAUCAUUUGCACAAGCUCGUAUAUGGCUCGACGAGAAAAUUCGAUUCGAUCCAGAUAAACCUCAAAUAGCAAUCUAUAAUAUGCCUUUUGUUUAUCAUCUGCAACCAGGCCAUACUUUAUCGAUUAAACAACUUCGUCAUGCACUUCAUCUCACUGUUAACAAACAUCCCUCACUUCACACAUCACUUCAUUUUGACAUCCAACAGAAUCUACUUAUGCAACGAGUUAUUACUCAUGAAGAUAAAAAUAAUAAGAAUAAUAUGUUUUCAACCAUCGAAACUGCUUAUAAAACAGAUGAACAGCUUAAUGAGAUUUUACACGACGAGAAAAGUAAUCCUCAUCUUUUUGAUCAUGCUCAAGGUCUUGUCUUUCGAUGUCAUAUCAUUUAUUACAAACAGAUCUCUUCAAAUCAUCUUCUUUCUGACAAAGAUAUACUGAUCUUCAAUUUCCAUCACGCUCUAUUUGAUUUUCCAUCAAUGAAAAAUAUAAUGGGAAUGUUUGUUUCGACAUUACCAUAUCGUAUUCAACUUGAUCGUCAUUGUUCGUUUGAUGAGCUUGUUAAAUAUGUACGAGAGAAAUGUUUAUCAAUUCUUGAACAUUCACAUUACCCACUUCAACAUAUUCUUGCCAAUUUACGUAUUAAUCAAUUAAAUAUUUCAUUUCUCGAAACAAUCUAUGACUUCAUUACUAUAUCAUCACACAGCGAUGAAUUAUCUUUGGAUGGAGCAUGUUUCAAGCAAGUGUCAUUCGAACAAUCGUUUGAAGUGGCUAAGUUUGAUUUUAUGUUAACAUUUAUCUAUAAUCCAAUAUUGGAAAAUAAUAGAUUAUCAUUUCGUUUAGCUUGUUCACAUGAUUUGUUUAAUGAAACUACAGUUACAAAUAUAGGUCGAAGAUUAGAUUAUUGUUUUCAACAACUGUUUUUAUCGAAUGAAACUAUCAAUCGAGUUGAUACAUGUUUUACAUCUUUAUCGAAAAUUAAUCUUGUUCUACCAGAAGAAACUCAAGAAGCGAAAGAUAUUAUCUUUUGUCGACAAUCACAUAUUAGAAAUGAAGGUAUGUUUAAUUAG